UUCAGGUUGUGGUUGUUAUACGAGAACAUUGAAAUAAGAAUUCAUUGGAAAAAAAAUGGGAAUCUUUUUUGUCAACAAUAUCUAGAUAGAUCCAAAAAAUAUAAAUAUAUAUAAUAUAUAUAUAUUAUAUAUAUAUUAUUAUAUAUCAAUCUCAUUCGUGUGAUAAAGAUUUUGACCAUUUCAAAAUGCUUGGAUUAUGUUGGACUCCAGCUACUGUUCAAAACAUGCAGAAAAUGGCCUCUACCAUGCCAUCAAAUCCAGAACAGCUACAUGGGGCCAUCCUUGUAAGGAAAGAUAUAUUUCAUAGGUUUGAAACAACAAUGCAUGACACUUGCUUGGAUGCCAACAAUUUAUUAGAAUAUCUUUUCUCCUUAUACAACAGUACUGCUGCUCCAGCAGAAAGAGAAAAUGUUCCUUCACCUCAGAGUCUAGGUUUUAUCCGCAGAGAUUCUAAUCAUAACAGGAAAUCAACAGGGAGAGGCCACCACACUUUCAACCAGAACAUCAACAUGAGCAACACUCCUCACCUGCAGCAGCCUGUGCAGCCAAGGCCGCCGGAAUCCUCAAGAGUGGUCCAGCCUGGCGUCUUAGAAGGGCACAGGAAGAAAAUGAAGCUUGAACAGCAGAACUUUCAUGGACACAUGAACUACACUGGGCACCAUCAGGAGUACAAUCAAUCGAACGCUGUCAGGGCCUACGAUGGAUAUCUGGUACCCGGCAACAAAAGCUUAGUACUCGGGGUGAAAAUGGAGCAUGCUCCUCCGCCUGACAUGGACCCGCGGCAUACGCAAUCUGCCUCACCUCUUCCACCUUUCAGCCAGAUACGACGGCAGGGCCCGCAGCCGUACAGUCCCGGGUCAGCAGCUUUUGCAGACAACUUGACUACCCCACCACAUGAUGAUGGAAGACAGAAUGCUGGGAUUGAAUCUAAUGUAGAAUGCAAAGUUGAAGGCACAGCAAACAGGUCGUUUGAUGGUCAACAUCCAAGAAAAGUGCUUCAUGGUAAACAGGGGAAAAAAUCGAAAGCUUCACACGAGGGUGGUGAACGCACUGGUCGUAAGAAGAGAACACACCAGUGUUUUUGCGGUGCCCUAUUCACUAGGGCAGACAACUUAAAGCGACACAUCAGGAAGUGCCAUGAAGAAAAGCUUGAGAAAUUGAAUAGCAACCCCAUAGAUUUUGAGGUGGACAUGAGCACGGCCCCCAUAACAGACUUUCAGAAUGUGUUUCCACCGUCGAGCCAAGAAACCGUGAACUCCUCGCAGCAGCAGCAGCCUGACUCACUCCAGCAGCCACAGCAUAUGGGCAAGUGCCACGAGGAGAAACACGAGAAGCUGAACGCCAACCCCAUAGAUUACAACGUGGGCAUGAGUGGAGCUCCUGCGCCAAGCUACCAGACAUUGUUCCCCAUGUCAAACCAACAGCCGCAGGCUGAUUCGCGGGAACAGCAGCAGGAACAGCAUCCUCACCGGGGGGAGGAUGGGAUAAAGAGGUCACUAAAAUGGUCCUGUUUUUGUGGCGAAACAUUUGACGACCAUCAGCUAAUGUUGGAGCAUAACAAAAGCCAUGAUAAUGGUACAUGAAAUCAACUUUCAUAGAGCUCAUGAGGAACAUCAAUCAUCAGUUUCACAUCUAUAUCAUAUAUCUUUACCAUCCAUGUUCAUGACUCUAUUGAUACAUUAACUAUUUGCUACAGGAAUGAUUUCAUUUUAAAGUAGAGUAAUAAUUACUAAAUUUUUAACUACUUCAGCAUUUAAAGCAGUGGUUCCCAAACCAUAUUUUUAAAAUUUGAAACAGUAAUUGGGCUCAUUACUAAAAUGGUUUUACAUGUUCAUGGUCCGAUUUCUAAAUAUAAUUAAAAAAAAUUAAUUGAAUAACCCUUGUAAUGUGUUUUUUUUCCCCACCUCUCAUUACCUGUUUGUAUUAAAGAUCAAAUGGGAUUUAAUGUAAUUAAGAUGUCAGUACAAUUUAAAUAAACAAACUAUAUUUUUAAAAUACUUUUGGCAAAUUAAAACAUGUUUAUUUAGGUGGGGAAAAAAGUUAGGACUAACCAUUUCCUCUUUUUCCUCAUGCUGGUUUCAGUCUGAUCUAUCACAGCAAUUUAAUUUAAUUGCUUUAUCUUUGCUACGUGAUAAAUUCAGUGGUUAUCACUUAUAGAUCAAUGAAAACUGCGAAAUGUAGAUGAUGUGGAUAGAAAAUUUCACAAUCUAAUUUUGGAAUCCUUUAUCGUUAGUUGUAUUCUGUAUUCUAAGAUAUUGUUAGUUGUAUUCUGUAUUCUAAGAACAAAGUAACUUGGCAACAAAAACUGUUUUAAAUUCAAUGACACAUUUUUUUAAAAAAUGAUUUUAAACAUGCUCAGGAAAUUGUAUUUCAUCUUAGUCGCUGGUUUGUUUUAUUUUUAUCUUUAGUCUCGUUAAUCAUUUCUGUGGGGUUUUUUUUUUCUCACCCCAACUGGUGCGUGUCUGUGUGUGUGUUUCAUGCACUUAUACUCAGGUGGUGUAGCAGUGUUUUAAAUCUUGGCAGACAUUUGGUAGUCUGCAAAAAAAGCUGAUGCAAACAAACCACUCAUGAUGAAUUCAUGACUGGGCUGCUUAGUAUUAUGGAUCUGAUCAUCUGAGGAACAGACCUGGUGGUUUUAAAUGUUGCACUUGUAACGAUGGGAAGUUGAAAUCCAUAUCUGAAUCUUAUGUCAGUUUGUAUUGAUACAAAUAUGUUCCGUGGCACAACCUACACUUGAAAAACAUUGUAAAUAAAAACAUGUGCUUCUACUAUGCAUCAAGCACAGCAUCUUUGUGACUUCUUCUUAGUUGAUCUGUAUAAUUAUCAGUGACACUAAAACCUUUAUUGUACAGUACAUAUCAUUUUUUUUUUGUUGUUGAUUCCCAAUUUAUUUGCCAAUAUUUCAACCUUGUGUGUUUUAAGCUAUGCUUUUUUAUGAAAUGUUAUUUCUGUACAGCAUGUAUCCUUGUGGAAAUCAUAAAAUGAAUAAUGCAAAGGCAAAGAUUGUGGGAUUUUUGUUUGUUUAUGUUUUGUGUACCGGUACUAUUCUGUACAUUAGAAAAGGGGUCAUCUACCCGGUGUGCUUGGACACACUAAUUUCAAAGCUGUUUUGGUGUAAAUGUACAUUUUACAUUUGUUUAGUUCAGCCAAAUUUCGCUAAAUUUCACAUUAACUUGCAAGAUUGUUUUUGUCAAUGUGAAUAAUGAAUUAUUUUUGUGGAUAGCAUUGGUGUGAUUGAAAGUUAGAUGUGUAGCUUAACUAUGUUGUUCUAACAUAGCCAUUAAUUAGGUCUACUACAGUUUGCAGUUAGACUUUGGUGACAUUAUUGGAUGCAUCCGUAAGUCUUUAUAGUAUAGCACACAAACGAUAGCUGUUUAAACAGUGGGUUUUUUUUGUUAAAUGUUUAAAGGUGUAGGUCUACUGUACAUAAUGAAGUAUAUGUGUUAUUGAGAAUCAGUGUCAAGAUGUGGGCUCGUAUGAAAUUGAAACCAAAUGCUGAGGCUUGCAAUGCCACCAACUCAAGGACUUUUCCAUCUCAUCUUUAAAAACUUGUUAAUCUAUUUGGAGCAUCCGAAUUGUGCUUUCAUUGUUUCAACUUAUGCUAUGACUUUUUAAAUUGUCUGGUCGAUGUAAUAAUUUUCAAAUAGAAUUGACUGUUAUUUAGGUUUUAAUCUCCCAUGCUUAUAGAUGUUGUAAGCUUCCACUUUAAAAAAUCCUUUUCAUCUUCAUUCUUUUUACAGGCUUAGUAUCAAAGCACAACAAAUGUUUAUUGGAUUUAGUAAUUUCCGUAAGUCUUUUAAGAUUUAUUUUAUAUACCUGGGCUAGAAAUAUGUGAAGGCUUUUGUCUAAGUUCUGAUAUUUUUGUUUAUUUUAACUUGAAACCAUGUAAUUUAAUGCCAUUCUGUUGCACAACAAUUUUAAAAUUUAGACAAUUUAAACUUAAAUAUUGUGACCACUAUAUAGCUAUUUUUAUUGAAAUAUUUAGAUAAUUUUUAAAGUCAUUAUUUACACUGUCAAUCACAACAAUAAUCUAAAGAAACAACAAACAUUUAUAUACCUUCGUUGUUACAGUCUUUGUCUUGAGAUAAUGAACACAUAUUUUAUCUUAUAUUGACUUAUAAAGACUUUUCAUUUGUCCAUGAAGGUUGCGUCAUCUGUACCAUUUCUUGACUAGAGCAUGCACUGGAUCAGUGUUUCCCAAACUGUGUUCCGUGCAACCGUAGUGUUCCACCACUGGAAUAAUUAACUUGUGGCCCUACACAUGAAUUUAUGCAAUGUGAAUGCAGAAAGAAUAAGAUUUUUAUUAGUUCUUCUUGGCAACAAAAUAAAUUCUAUAACAUCACUAUGAACUUUGAACUGAUCUAGAUUAUUGAGACUAACAUGCAAAGAUCAACCUUUAAAUGAUUUCUGGUCCAGUUUGUCAGAAUUCAGAUUGUUUAUAUACAAUAAGCAGUGCUCACCAAUUACUAAGAAUGUGAAGUGUUUUAUUAUUUAAAAAAUUUGGGAAACACUUUUUCUUCUUGCAAGUACUUUACUACCUAUUCUUGCAAGUACUUCAGUUCUCCACUUCCUAUUCUUGCAAGUACUUCAGUCCUCCACUACCUAUUCUUGCAAGUACUUCAGUCCUCCACUACCUAUUCUUGCAAGUACUUCAGUCCUCCACUACCUAUUCUUGCAAGUACUUUAGUUCUCCACUUCCUAUUCUUGCAAGUACUUCAGUCCUCCACUACCUGUUCUAUAUGAUAUGCCAUCACCCUUACUAGCUGUAGGCCUGCUUCUAAAAAUCAUGUACUAUUUGGAGUUACAUUCAAAUACCUGACUGGUUGCAUUAAAUGUGAUUUGAAUCAUCAACACAUUAAGUUCCAUCUUCUUCUGCUACUCCGCAGAGAUUGAGCAGUCAGGUCUAAAAUAUUUGUGUUAAAUAUGGAGUCAGUGGAGAUCUGUUUCAUAAGGAAUUUUUUUUUUGAAUAAGUGAAAAAAAAAAACAUACACAUAUAUAUAUAUAUAUAUAUAUAUAUAUAUAUAUAUAUAUAUAUAUAUAUAUAUAUUGCAUAUAUUGGUAUGCUUAAAUGAUACAUUCAUGUACGUAUAUGGAAACUAUGAUCUCUUUUGUUUGAGACUUUAUAAUUGUGUUAUAUAGAGUAACAUUUGGUUUUCUUUAGGGAUACUAUGAUUGCCAGGAGUACAUAAAGACAGUCACAGUUUGCUAACGUCUUGUUUGUUGUAAGCCUCUUUAAGGUCCCUUUGUUUCUCCUCUACAAAAAUUCAAUUUUUCAUGACGUUUUCAACCAUUUUCAUUUAAGGUUUGAAUUCAGAGUUAACAAAAUGUAGUUAUAGGCAUAGCUGUAAUCCACAUUUGAUGUUGAAUUGAAAGCCAGGUCAUUGGUUCCUUGUAUAUAAUCUUAUUCGAUGCUGUUUCUCUCAUUUUGCCAAAGAAACAAUUUUAUUUGUGUUAUGUAUACUUUUUUUUUUGUUUUUAAUUAUUAACUUGACACAAUCAUUUGUUUUAUUGGUAUUUCUCCACACGUCAAUGUUUUUUAAUGAACAAACAAAUUUUUAGUUGAUUUUGUUGUCUGAUCACUUACCAUUUUUUUUUUAAAAGUAUUUUAAAUAUUAACCAUUUAUUUUCAAACAUUGUUUAUUUCUCUGUUCCCUAUAAACAUGCCAUUUUUUUUCCUAUAUACUUUUGUUUAUUCAUAAAAAGCAAUAUAUUUUUUUUUUACCACAUUAGAUAAAACCUUUUUUAAAUUGUUUGUUUUUUAAACAUGUUGAAAGGAAUGAAUGAUGCCAGUUUCAGGGUUAUUGAACUAUUUUGUUUUUUAUUUUCUAUGACAAUCAGGUGUCCAUUCUCAAGUGUAUAGAAAAUUCAUAUAGAUAUUAAUGGUAUGUUUAUUGACACAGAUAUAGGUUUUGUGUAUAAGAUAUUUGAGUGCUAUUCAAUGUCUAUUAAAUGACUUUUAUAAUUGAACUAAAUUAAUUACCGUUUUUUUUUUAAUGAUAGGUAAUUUUCUUUGUUUUGGAAUCGUGCUGUCUUAAAACCCCUUAUUCUACUUUGGUGUCAAUCUUGUUCUAGAAUGCUACUUUUGGUUUGGCACUUUGUUUACAAGCAUAGUACCAGAGUGGUAUAGCUUAUGGCUGCUGACUCUAGACUCCCUGGGAAGACUCAAUUGAAAACCUUAAAAUUGCUGUGGAGAGUCAAAGGCCAUUGGUUGUUGUGCUGGCCUCGUCCUCAUGGAUUGUUGAAGCAGGUGACCUAUACAUCACCUGAUCCAAGAACUGCAAAGUUUUGACUUUUUCUUUUUGUUUUUUGCCUUUUUUUAUGACAUGGGCAUCAUUCCUGAAGUUUAAAAAGUAGUUUUCAAACGAUCCACGAAAGCUUCUGGGCUGAUCUAUCUGAUCAAAGCCAAUAAAUCAUUUCCUUUAAUGCUUCAAAGUAUCAUACCUUUAGAAAACUGACUUUUUGGUAUCUUUAAAAAUGAUCAUAUUUUCUUCCUGUCUAGUCACUUCAGGCCAGAAAAAAUUUAAAAUUUCUGGGGGGUUUUUAGCUAACAGUCAUAUAAAUUUCUUUACAAAAUUCCAUGUCAGGAAUCUGUUAAUCUGUAAUACUUUCCGCUUGAAAUGCAGGGCUGGAUUUAAGGGAGGGCAUGCUGGGCUACAGCCCAAGAGUUUCAAUAAGAAAGGGGCCCCCAUAAUAGAGAAAAAGUCAUAUUUCAACAGGUCAGCUUUUUUUUGGAAAAUAUUUUUUUCACAUUAUGACUAACACUACUUUCAAUCUUACAGUUGGCAACACUGUCCUGGUUAAAAAGUGUCAGUUUAUAGUGUCCUCCUGUUCUCUUUAUAUACUCUGGAUCUAUUCUACUACAUUGUGCAUAACCCUAAAAAAAUUAGGGACAUUAUUUGCUUCUAAAGCAUGCAAUAUUAAAUAAUUUGUUUUUUAAAUGAAGGGAAAUUAUUAAAUUUUUUUACAAUUUCUUUCUUUUAUAAUAUGGUAUGCUCUUAGAUAUUAGUACUUUUUUUUUUAUUAAUAAGUGGAUUUUUAUUAAAGCUUUUGAAAAAAGUGUAGGGUCCUCCACAAAAAAUUCUGCCCUGCGGCCUCCACGUGCCUAAGUCCAGCCCUGUUGGAAUGUAGUCAUCUCAUUCAAAAUAGAAAUGGUUUUAGCUUUUGACUCAAGAGUUGAUUUUCUUAUUUCACAAAGCAUUUAGCUUUCUUGUUCAUGUUUCUUCAGUUAAUUGAUUUACUGAAUCAGGGAAGAAUAAUGCCGUAUGAGCUAUGCUAUGAGCUAGAGCUAAAAGUUACAAAUUUUUGUUUGAAGUUUAUAUAAUUGAUUUCUUGCAAUGUUACAUACAAACUGGUUGAAUGCUUGCAUGUGAAUUGUUCAACUUUGUACUUAACACUUUGUAUGGAUAACAAUGACUUGUUAAUGACAUUUGAUAUGAAGAUUUCUUUUCAUCUCAUUGUAAAUACUGUACAAUGUACAUAUGUAAGUUCAUUGAUGCAUGAAGUUGACUAGACUUAUCAUUAUUGACAUUAAAGGGCUAUAAUACUUGACAACUAUAAAGAUAAA